UAAGAGAAAAGGCGCAAGAACAGAAGCUCUGAUUAUUUCACGGUCUCACAUGCCAUCUAGUGUGAGAAUAUAAGAACUGCCGCUGUCUUAAUUCUGAGCUAAAGGCUUCCUGGACUUGUUUCAGUGGUUGGGUUUCACUGUUCAAGGGUUAAAAUGAAUUAUAGAUUGUUUCUAUUACAAAGCCUUAACAUGAAGCUAUGUGCAUUAACACAUAAACUGGAUCAAUUGAUUAUGCGAGAGUCAGCUUAAAAAUAAAGGGAUAAAAAGUGUGGGAUGGGGGAGGCGACUAAUUUGGGUAAUAUAAAUCACUAAGUGUGUUAGAUUCUUUUUUAUUUCUGUGGAAGGAACCAGGUAUGAUCCGUGGCGAUGCUCAUCUAUUACCAAACGUGCUCUAAAGCUUGCAUCGGGUUGAAAACAGAUCUCGGGGAAAGCAAACGUGCACAUGUGUCAGCCAUUACUGCAGACAACUCAAUUAAGUCUAAAUGGCUUUUUAAGUGCUGCAUUGUGGCACACAAGGGGGUUCUUGGGUGAUAAUAUUUGCAGUUUUCUUCGGAAAAACUUGGAGGAUUUGGAGUCAUGGGGCUGUGCACGUUGAGCAUGACAAAACACACUUCUGCGUAAAUAGUUCUGGCCGCUAUAGUUCUGGAGGAAUUAAAGAAAGACAGAUGCCCAUGAGGGAGCUGCUGUGGGAGCCAAAGAGUCGAUGCUGCGCACAUUUCUAUUCAAACACACAGGGCACACUUCGGCCUUUCAUCUCCACUGCUGGUGUUUAUGUUGCUUUGUAAUGGCUUUUAAGGUAUCAUGCAUGCAGUUAGCAGAGAUGAAGCCAUAAAGUGUGCUGACAAGAGGGAACGCUACUGAAUGUGCAAUAAUACUGCAGUUUACUAGUCCUUUCAUGCUUUGGAGAAACUUUUCAGCGACUGUCAAAGGAGGCAUUUAUCACUAAUCCCCACCUGGCAUGGAGAAUGAACGCGAGGUUCCACCAGGUUAGAAGAGUGAUGACCAUCCUGUUCCUUACUAUGGUUAUUUCAUACUUCAGUUGCAUGAGAGCUGCGCCCCUGAGAGAUGCCCCGGGCAUGCGGGGCCAUCGGACGGAAGGCUACUUGGGCGCCGCUGCGACGGGCCCCCAAAGGCAUGGGACUCCACAGAGUGGUGGGCCAGGCCAGCGUGAGGAGCUCCCCUCACUCACAGACACGUUUGAGCAAGUGAUAGAGGAGCUGCUGGAGGUGGAGGGCGAGGCAGCACAGCUGGGACAGGGGGCCGACAAAAGCCAGGGAGGUGGGGGCCUGUCACCUGUGGCCGCCGCUGAGGCCAAGGAUGUUGACCUGUACAACUCACGGGUGAUGAUCAGCAACCAAGUGCCUUUAGAGCCGCCGUUGCUCUUUCUCCUGGAGGAAUACAAAAACUAUCUGGACGCCGCGAACAUGUCCAUGAGGGUGCGGCGGCACUCUGACCCCUCGCGGCGCGGAGAGCUCAGUGUGUGUGACAGUAUUAGCCAAUGGGUGACAGCUGUGGAUAAAAAGACGGCGAUAGACAUGUCUGGGCAGACAGUAACCGUCAUGGAGAAGGUCCCUGUCCCCAAUGGCCAACUGAAGCAAUACUUUUAUGAGACCAAAUGCAACCCCAUGGGGUACACAAAGGACGGCUGCAGAGGAAUAGACAAGCGGCAUUAUAACUCCCAAUGCAGGACAACCCAGUCCUACGUGCGAGCGCUCACCAUGGAUAGCAAAAAGAAGAUUGGCUGGCGGUUUAUAAGGAUAGACACUUCAUGUGUAUGCACAUUGACCAUUAAAAGAGGGAGAUAGUGUAUAAAAUGUAUAGAUUUUAUUGAAGAGUUUAAAAAAAGAGAAUAAAGAGAAAAUAUCUAUUUGUAUAUAUACAUAACAGGGUAAAUUAUUCCGUCAAAUGAAAAUUUUAUGGACUGCAUGUAAAAAAAGAUGAAGUUUAUACAGUAAAAGUGAUACUAAGUAUAUUUAUUGAACAUAUUCAUGACCUUGUAAACAAUUAAAAAAAAUCUGAUCAGUCA